AUGGCUGAGACUGUUGCCGAACUGACAGACGCUGUCAACGCAGGCCUAUCCAAGCUCUCUCCUACUGAUGAGCUCCCGGACUCAGCUCGUUUCCAGCUUUUGGAUUCAUUGGAAUGGCUUCUUCGGGUCAUGCGUCUUUUGAGUUCCCAUUGCUUUUUCACCGAAACUGAGCUGUAUAAGUACCAGCCUCAACCAUUGGCUCUGGGAUUCGCAACCGGCGCUCCUCCUAGCGAAGUGAUUAAGAACUUGUAA